AUGUUACUGUUUAGACCCUCAAUAACACAGAUCAACAAUGUCCUCGGCAUCACAAAACACAAUGACUUCGUGGCAGAGCCCAUGGGGGAGAAGUCUGUGAUGGCACUAGCAGGAAUUGGUGAAGUUCUAGGAAAGAGAUUGGAAGAGAAGGGCUUUGACAAGGCAUAUGUUGUUCUAGGACAGUUCCUGGUACUGAAGAAAGAUGAGGAGCUGUUUCGGGCUUGGUUAAAGGAUACAUGUGGAGCAAAUACCAGACAGCAAGGCGACUGUUAUAGCUGCCUGCGAGAGUGGUGCGACUCUUUCCUGUAGUGUUUUUUUUUUUUUGCUGUUGUAUCUUCAGAAUUUUUCUCCCCUUGUAUGUCGAAUACAUUUACCUCACUUUAUCAAAUUGACUGUUUGGACAUUGUUUGGAUGUACCAAUACUAACAUUUUAGCCCAGAAUUGAACAUUGUUAUAUCACUUUAGAUGUGGACACUUAUAAGAUUACCGCUCCUUUUGUGUGAUGUUCAAAGCGUCAUUCAAUGUUGCGCACUGGAUGUUUAGUGUGGAGGGGAUUGGUUUUGUUUUUGACACAAGAUUAAUUUUA